CUGUCGUUAUCACGUGAUCAGACUCGGCCGUACAUUGUUUUGCCGUUGGAGGUGAAGUGUGAUUGUCUUAUAAACGGACAUCAUUUCGAGUGAGUGUGAGAGAUUGUGGUGACGGUCGGGGAGACUUUCUACGCACAAGUGUGGAAGCGUUGACCCGUGAUUGUGAGCAAGAAAAAUGACUACCACACAAUAUCAGACCAUUGUUCAGGGAGAGGCGUCUGAGACAGACUCCGAGGAGGAGUUGUAUCUGACUUCCUCUGCCCCGGCAGCUAUCUUGCAGACUGGAACCAAAGUGGCUGGUGAAGCAUCAGAAACUGAUGAGGAGGAGGACUGUGCAAUGGCAGUGUGUGAUAUCCAGCAGGCCAUUCAGCGUGGCCUGCCACCACUGAUAGUGAUCCGGGGGGAGCAGUCGGACAUCCUGACCGCGGUAGAGGAGAAACCAGCUGUGAAGAUUCGCCACCAAGGGCGGUAUAGUACCUUGCUGCAACAGAAGCUGAGGGAAAGUAAUGGGCGUCUUCACCAGAAUGUGGAGCAGGCAGUGAAGCAGAUGUAUGAGAGUGCAACCAAGGAAAUCCGAAUCGCCACCAGCCACCUAAGCAACUCCCAGAACGGGAUAAUUAACGCAUCGCACAGUAUUCGCUUAAUCUUGGACGAUUUGAGAUCUGUAUCAGAAAAAAUGGAUAUAAUCACAAGCUGUAACUUACUCCCUGACAUCCAGAUCCCCCCGACAACAACGAGGCUAGCACAGGUCUGAGCUUGUUUGUACAGGUAGUUGAAGUCUUAUUGCAGAUUGAAUUCCGGCCUUUUAAGGCGUGUUUCAGGAAAAUUUAAAGCUGUGACUAAUACUGCAAUUUGUUUGAUUGUCAAAGUGGCUCAGAUCAAUGUUGUAAGCACUUUGAGAAGAGUUAAUUUAGGCUCAGCUCAGGAAGUCUCUUAGAAUUUAACUUGUAUCGUCUUGCUACCGGCCACCAACUGUUAUGUUUCUUGACCACCAGUGGUAUGAUUCUAGAACUUUGUGAGUAUAGUGUUUAAGUUCUAUAAGUGUUAUGAUUGGGCUCAUUUACUAUGUUUUAUUAAUGAACCAAAAUUUGGAAACCUUCCAAUACACAUCAUCACAGUUAUCUGAUCAAUCUCAGAUCAUGCUCUUGAAUAAUUGCCUGAAAUGUUUCCAGGUUCUCACUGCUACUGCAUACGAGUAAUUAUUUGAAGAUUUUACAUGUCAAAGCACGCUUUGAAAAGCCAACAUCUUUUGAUGGAAAAGAUUAACACCCUCUCUAUAUUAUGUUUAACUGACAGGCUGUGAGACAGCUGUGCAAUAGGCUUAAUUGCAGGUCUACUGAUUAAAUGUUAUGGAGUCCUUGACUGAUUUGUCACGGAGAUAUCAGAAUUAAUGUUAUGUAAUAAUGGAUAUUCACUGUGAUAUUAUAAAUUGAACUGGAACUGCCUUUCUAUAAUUGUUUAUAAGACUCUCAAUAUGACCAGUAAACCAAUUUUGCACUUUU